UAUGUAUGUAUGUAUGUAUGUAUGUAAGGAUUAACUCCCCUACCCUCUCCAAUCCAGAUCAGGACUCUGUAGUUGUGGGUUUGUUUGUUUUUUUAAAAAAUAAGGCUUUAAAGUAAUAGAAAUACAACCACAGCUUUUCCAGAAUAGAGUUUCAUGCUUUCUGUUAAAGUACACAUAAAGUACAAAUCAGAUCUAAGGAAGGUGCAUGCACAUUAAUUUCUUAGCAACAUAGCCCAUCUCAGAUUAUGGUGGUUACGGUCUACCUCAGGGGUCAGGAACUUUUUCAGCAGGGGGCCCUCAGACCUUGUGGAGGGGCCGGACUAUAUUGGGGGGGGGAUGAACAAAUUCCUAUGCCCCACAAAUAACCCAGAGAUGCAUUUUAAAUAAAAGGACACAUUCUACUCAUGUAAAAACAUGCUGAUUCCCGGACCGUCCAUGGGCCAGAUUUAGAAGGCGAAUGGGCCGGAUCCGGCCCCCAGACCUUAGUUUGCCUACCCAUGGUCUACCUACCUCCUCCUGCUGCUGCUGCAGCAGCAGCCUUCAGUAUAAUUUGAAGGAGGGAGUGAUUUGCCAGACACCCUUUGCUUGAAAAGUAAUCUACAGUGUUGGCAACCAGCUGUAUUUCUCAAGCAAUUACAGGUGUUCCUAUUGGCUUUCUUGUAGCUACGAUUAUAGUACCACGCAGUCCUUAAAAUAUUGGAGGAGUAAAAUCAGUUUUGAAGAUUUUAAGCAAAUAAUUUCCCACUUGGUCUGUGCUUUCCCAUGUGUUGGCAGGUUGCCCCCUUUCUAAGCUAGCUAAGGCAGGGAGAAGAAACUGCUCUAUCAGUUAUACCCAUCUGCCACCAACAGAAUAAUGCUGACUUGCACUUGGCUUGGCCAGUCUCUUGUGCUCUUGAAAAUUGCUGGGUGGGAGGAUAGGGAGCUAGUUAAAAAACAAUGCUGCCAAUCCUAAAGCAAUUCAUGGGCUCUUCCCAAGACUCCAGGCAUAUCUGAUUUAUUUUAUGACUUCACAACAUCAUGGUAUAAGCUUCUUGAAUGCAUUUUAUUAUGAUCCUGGCAAUACUUGUGCAACCUUUUCUUUUGUAAUCUGACCUGUCUGUUUUCAAAAUGAAGGCCUUGUGUGCAACUCUAGUUGCUCAGCAAUUCUAUGUUUGUUGACCACUUUAACCUCUAGCAUGUGGAUGUGUAAAAGGAACUGGUAUAGUUAAAAACUGGAAUAUUAAUAUUCAUUUUCCAUCUCAUAGGAUGAUGUCAUUUUAGGCACACUGUAGGAUACUAAUAGUGCUGGAGAGGUUAACGUUCCAAGAAGUAGAAAGAUGUGUGAAUGCAUUGCAUAGUUCCAAGAACUUGAUGUAUUUUUUUCCAGUAUUCAAAAUCAUUAGCGCUCUUCUGAGUUUCCUUGCAAAUGGAUAGCUUUGGAGAUCAUGGGAUGUCAGCCAUAGUACCAAAUAACAGCAAGAUUUAGUGGGAUGUCUACCUUUUUUUACAGGGUUCCUUUAGCUAUGUUGUUACAUUUUGAGCCCUGAUUUCAAAAGGCUUCUGAGACAGGCCUCUGUGGUUCCCAACGGAGAAAUGCAAAAUUUUCAUUUCAUUUGAGGAAACACAAAAUCCGCCCCUCAACCAAGAAUGAUUGUUCCUUCUUUAUUAGCUUCCUGAAGCCUAAAUUAUACCUGCUUCUAUUACACCUCUAUGAGGUCAGCUUUGUGGGCUAAGCUGUUAUGCAAAGCAGCUUCUGGCACAGCUCUGGUGAUUUCUGGUAGGCCAGCGUAAUCAAGGGUUUGGUUAAUAAUAAUAAUAAUAGGCUAACUAUAAUUUUUUAUUUAUACCCCGUCCUUCCCGGUUUAGAAACCGUGCUCAGGGCGGCUAACAACAAAUAUGAAACAUUGAUUAAAACAACUUAAAAAACAGCAUAAAAUACAACUUUAGUUUAGCAUCGCCAGGGCUAACUGGUCAAGUUAGUCCUGCUAAGGCUAGCAAAGAGACCAGGGAAGAAUUUUAAUGUGGAGACCCAGAAAGGUUUCUUCAUAAAAAAAAAGGGAAGGGAAAAAGGAAAAGGGGAUCAGGCUAAAUUGAAGGCCAGGCGGAAUAACUCUGUCUUACAGGCCCCAUGGAAGGAGAUCAAGUCCCGCCGGGCCCUAGUCUCAUGGGACAGAGCAUUCCACCGGGUUGGUGCCAUCACUGAAAAGGCCCUGGCCCUUGUGGAGGAUAAUCUGGCUUCUUUAGGGCCUGGGACCCUUAAGCUGUUAUUAUUCGUGGACCUUAGAGUACUCUGCGUGGCAUACCAGGAGAGGUGGUCCCCUAAGUACGAGGGUCCUAGGCCGCAGGUUAAGAUUGUUGCAGACACAAACAGCUUGCCAAAUGAAGUUGUCUGUAAUGUGGUUAUGUACCGAUCAGCAACCCACAUAGGCAAGCCGCCUGUUUGGACCAGGCCAUACAACCACCAGGUAUUAAGGAAAAUUUUUACUUGCAUAGGCCCUGAUGUGAGUCUGGAUUAAAGACUCAUAUCAUCUCUAGAAGAAACAAUACAGUACUACCGUAGUAAACAUAAUACCUGAAACCUGAGCAUAAAAUGUUGCUUUUUAUUGAUCGGGUCCCUGCUACAUCUACCCUAGUAUUAGAUGCUUUCGGGGCAGUAACUCUGCAGGGCCAUCAGACAAGGGCCUUUUCCAGCAUUGCUGUCUAAUCUCAUUUCAACUGGAAGCUGAACCCAGGACCUUGUGGAUGUAAAGCAUUGUUCUGUGAUUCAGUAUAUGCCACUAAAUAUCAGUUGCUGGUGAAAAACAGCAUUAAGGGGGGGGGUUACCCUAAAGAGGAAUAUUAAUAGGAACACAGCCUGUAUCACUAGGAGUUAGAAGUGGUAAAUCUGCCUCACAUUUUAAAUUUUCUACUCAGUAUUUAUUGACAUAAUGGCUUUAUAAAAUUGAGAUAUACAGCUACAGUUUGUAUUUGAAGCUGUCUAUUUUUAUUAUAGGUGAAUAGCACUUUAACUUAUGAAAUACUUUAAAAAAGCUAGAGAGCAAUUUCUGUUUAGUUAACAUUACAAAAGUACAACAGCAACACCUUUUUGAGGACUUGGCAUUCCUGGCAAACAUGUGGUCAAAAUUACGCCCUUGUCUGUAUCUCGGAAACUUGUAUUUUAUUUAGUGCAUAGUUUCAAAAUGACCUGCGUCAAGUUCAGAGGAAGAUGUAACUUGAACAAUAUGCAAGUAGAUUCUUUAUGCAUGUGGGAUAACAGAUGUGUUUCUCCUGGAGAUAUUUGAAGGGUUUCCUGGCUUGUCUCAUUUGAUCUGUUGAAAUAAAUGCCGUUUUGUCUGGUGAAUGACAUGUUCUAUCUUAAGUAUAUCGUGCAGAGUUCUGCUGGCAUCAUCUCUGGUUCCUGACCCCUUUUGAAUGUGUUGCUCAAUUUGUUGGAGGCUGGUGUAGUGUAUCAUAAGAAAAGUCAAGGAAAACCAUUCCUUUAAUUGUACGCUUAUAUUGCAAAAAUGUUUAAUUUAAACUUUUAACAGUAAGGAUUAGCUGCCUUUAGAGAACACCCUCCCUUCCUGGGUUGCAACAGGAAACCACCUUUAAGGAUUAGCUGCUUCAUUUCUGUAUCUAGAGCGACUAAGUCCUAUUUGAGUAUUAUCCCCUUCUCCCUAACAGAGCUCUCGGGUAAAAUGGCUUCGUAGUUUGAAACUGAAAUCCUGAGAGUUUGCACAGCUUUUGGUCAAAACAUAUUCAGUGGAAGGGAAACACUUUCCAAAAAGUGUCUAAUUUCCACAGAUGUGGAAAGUAUUAUUAUGGCUAGUGCCUAACGGUAGAAUCUCACAACACACAUACUUAGCAAUCCUUGCCAAGGCUCUGAUCUAAAGGCAAUCUAAGGCCAAUGGGGAUUGUUCCCAUUGGCUUUGUCGCCAUUUAGCUGUAAUUUUGGGAAGGCAGCCGGGUACUGUUUGGCAAAGUAUUAAGGUAACUGUGGCUAAUAUAACCAGUACUGAGCAACACCUCCUUAGCCAUCAUAUGCUUUUAGAAAAGGUCUAUCGAGCAUGGUUACAGUGCUUGUAGAAGGCGUUAUAGAAAGUGCAAGCCCCAAGAGGCGAGUGUGAUCACCACCUUGCCUAGAGUUUCUCACUCUGCAUGGUUUAUCAUGCACAUCUAUGCUUUUUGAUAGCACCUAUAUUUAUAUAAAUAUAUCUACAGAAAUGCCUUUAUAUAAAUACGUAUCUGUACCUCUUACUGGUGUUCUUACAUCAUACAGUAUUGGUAAACAAUAAGAUGAUUUUUACAGCAGAUUGGCCUCUCAAGGUAACUUUAUAGCAAUUCGUACUACAGAAAACAUUAGUAAGGGAAAACAGCCAUGCAGUGUAGAAGUAGGAAAAAACUUGCAGUAAUGGACAAGAAACCAAAUUUCCCACAGUGAUACAUAUGGUCUCUUCAAAGCCACUCAGAACUAGCCCUUUGAUAAAUGAAUUGCAUGAACAUCCCUACCAUAAUGAUGUCAGCAUGCAUACCUCUCUCGGUUCUUAUUCUAACCUGUUGACCUAAGUGAUCAAAAUUAGGAAUGCAUGAUCUUCUAUAGCUCAUUUAAAUAGGUGUGUCUGGCACUUAUACUGCGAGAAUCCAUGGGUCUUGCUAUUUUGUGUAUCUUCUCUUUCUACUGUCAAGAUACAAAAAUUUCUUAUGCAAAUACCUUUCUCUCAACUAUACUGUAGUGCAGUUGGUAGGUGGGCAGGCCUUUUUCACUGGGAUUCAUAGUAACUUUCAUUGAUUUUUUCAUACUUUCCCAGGAGUUGGUCACCUCCAUGAAGUAUGAGCAGUUAAUGAUUAAUUUGCACAAUCAAUAGAUUAGGUAAUGGUUUUGAGGGGGGGAAUAAAUAUUUGGCUGUGACCCUAAACACACUUAGUAGGGAGUAAAACUCAUUGACUUUGUUGGGUAAAACAUGCAUAGGAUUGUGCUGUUCAUUGAUCUAAAAGUUAAAAUUGUCAUAUAUGACACGACAAGGUGGUUCUCUAGUAAAUAUGCAUCUUGAUAUUUAUUUUAAAAUAUUUUUUUUCUAUUAAAAGGUAACAUAAUUUCAGUGCAAGUUAUAUAAUAUUGAGGACAUAUUCUGUAGUUUUACUUUCACUAUAUAUUUCAGUAUUCCAUCAAGCAGGAUUUUAUUUGAUAACUAUACAAAUUAAAACUAGGCAUCACAAUUCAAGAAGGACGGUUGACAAAUGGGAAAGAAUUCAGUGGAGACCCAGAGAAAUGACAAGCAGUCUUCUCUAACCUGAUGCCCUCAAGGUGUUUUGAACUACAAAUCUCAUCAUUCCUGACCAUUGGCCAUGUUGGCAGGGGCUGAUGGAAGCUGGAGUCCAACAACAUCAGGAGAAUGUUGGAGAAGACGUGUCUAGAGGGCAAGUGAGGAGGAGUUGCAGGAAGCGUGGAGCUUUUCCUACGACCAAAAAGAUUUAAUGGAAAUGUUGACAGUUAUCUAACAUGAAAAAGGGUGUUAGGAAAAAGAGGGAAAAGCUUUUGUUUACUCUCUGCUGCGGAAAAGGCAAUAAGCAAAUUGGCUUAAGCUGCAGGACGAAAGGCUCACAGUGGAUAUUAAACAUUUACUUGUCAUAAGAGCAGUUUAGUUGUGUGAAAAACAGCCUGAGAUAGUUGUAGAAUCUUUCACCUUCAAAACUUCAAGGAAGAGCAGGAAGCAACUUAGUGUGUGUCCAGACUGUGCUCACCGUGUCUGUAUGUCCAGAUUCCAGUUUAUUUAUUUAGCAAGAUUUAUAUACCACUUCACUGUUAAAAAAACCCUCUACGUAGUUUACAAAAAGAAUGUAACAUUAAAAUUAGCAAUAAAAACAAUUAAAAACAAGAAUAAAAAAACAUUCAAAAGAAAAUUAAAAUCAGCAAUAAGCCAAAAAGGGGUUAAAGCACAUGUGAACUUUUUUUUGCUGCUGCAUCACACUGUUUAGGCAUGUGGUCUACAAAGAGCCCUAGAGCCUUUUCACAUGUACUGCUGGCAAGCCAGAUGCCCCCAUCUUAUAUUUGUGCAGCUGUUUCUUUCUGCCCGAGUGUAGAACCUUGCAUUUAUCCCAACUGAAAUUCAUUUUGUUAGUUUUGGCCCAGUUCUCCAAUCUGUUAAGGUCAUCUUGAAUCCCACCUCUGGCAUUAGCUUAUGGCAUUAUUGGCCAGUAGGGCAAGAGGGCAUUGCAAACUUGUCCCUCGUCUGUUAGUAUUCCCUGUAUGUGUGUCCAAUUAUCUCUGCCUCCUUGCUACCUACCCUGCCUUGCAAAUAAUUUUGGAGUAUAUAUGAAAGUCAAAAUUACUGCUGUUGCUAAAUAAAUAAGCAAAAAUGAAAUCUUCCAACAAUGCCUGAUCAGUAUAACUUGGUUCUGAUUGUGGAAACUGGGUUUCUGGGAUACAGAAUUUUGAUUUGGGAGUGAAGUGUAGUGAGAAUCUAAUUUAAUAAAGUGAAACAAACCCAUUUAAAUUGGGUUCACAAUCCCAAAAACUCAGAUUGGCAUUUGUAACCCAUCUUUUUGCAGUGGAGUGAGGAAAACCACAGUCAAGAUUAUUUUGUAAAAUGUUAAAUUUCAUCAGUAUCAGGGACUUAAACCUGUUCAGCAGCUCUCUUGAAAAGCUUCAGAUUGCAAAACCCAAGCAUUCCAAAUCUUGCACUCUUUUAUCAUCCUUAUGUAUCUGUAUCCCCCACUUUAUCAGAACAAAGCUCAUCUUAUGUGCUGUCUGUCAUGUCCAGAAUCCAAAAUUCAAAAGAACAGAAGAGGCCCUGUUAAUGUUGCUUCUGAACAAUCUGCCCUGCUACAUCUAACCUAUGGCUUUACUGGAAACAUCUGGACAUCGCUUUUGUUGUUUAAAGCCUUUGAGAAGCCCUGCCUUACUUGAAUGGUGACCCUUUGGUGAAAAGAAUGCAUUGGGCCCACAGAAUGAAGGAAGAUAUAAAACAGAUUCAAAACUCUUUGGGGGCCAACCUUGCUAGUUACUUACAACUUGUGAAGUUAAAACUUAUUGUAUUGUACUACAUAUAUGUAGUUCUUAAUUAGACAGAUGUAUUCUUGGCAAAACAGAUAACAAAUUAAUUGAAGUAGAGAUGAAUUGGGGUGGGUUGUUAUGGGAGCUUUCAAUCUCUGUCCAUAGCUGUUGGGUUAGGGUGAACUUGGGUUGAGAAGUCUCUUAAACCCAGCAGGAUGGGGAUGGGGAGUCCAGUGAUUAAAGGAUGUAGUAUGUGCAUCUAGGGGCAGAGUCAAAGGAAAACACUCUGUUAAUCCAAGGCAGGUUCUUGGGACUACCUGGGCCACCUCCCUCACUGGCUUGCUCCAUGCCCUCUUUGCGUGCCUGGAGAGAUGUAUUGCCCUGGCCCACCCCAGCUACGGAAGGCAUAUGUCUGAUAGUUAAGUCUUUACUGACAAAAGAAGCGCUUGCAUCAACUCUUACGGUGCUCAGAAUGCACAUGUGCACACAUGCCACUGAGCAACAGUCCUCCGCAGAUCUGCGCCCUGUGGAGCAGUUGUAGCAACAGUGAGACCUCACCCCGUCUGCCAGCUUAUAUACCCUCCCCUGAUGGUUGUGUGCCUACAACCUGAGACUUCUGCACGGAAGUCGUCACUACUCUUCCUGCUUCAAGCCCUUCCUGGUUUUAGGGUUAGGGUGGGGGGAUUGUCUUCUAGAAGGCAAGCUGGCUCACUGCGGGACAGCUGCAAGGGUAAUUCUGGCCAUACACAAUUUACACCUAUAAGCACAACCCUUGGAACCAAGCCCUCAUAUUAUGAUGCGAGUAUACACAUUUAUGUGGAGAAACUUGUCCUUGUGAAUUGUCUGUCAAACUUGGCAGCAUCAUGUGCAACUAUUCUAGUGGAGAAUGACACUUGGUAGGUGGGUAACCAGUAGUCACAACCUAGUAUGCUUUCUAAUAUGGAAACUGGUUAGGAUGACUUAUUUGAAAGGAGGUGAGGCAACAGUUCUAUACAGAGAUGGUGGGAGUGAUGCCUUGAUCAAAAAAGGUGAUGAUGACCUUGAGCAAUUGGUCUUAGAUACUAUUUCAGUGCUGUGAGUGAGUCUCCUGACCUGGUUACCUGCGUAUAACUAUCAGAUGAGCAUGACAUACCUCCACCUGAGGCUUAGUUCCAGUGAUAUCAGAUAUAGGUAGAAAUACACUGCCAGCCUUCCAGAUGUCACUCCAGAAUGUGUCCAUGGGCAUCUCAAAUUGGUUCUAUGUGAUCUCUUAAGUCCUAUAGAGCAAGCGGAAACAUCUGUAUGCACAAAAGAACAAAUAUAUGUACCUAAAGACUAUAAACACAGUUAAAGAUGCGUUCAUUUUUACUUGGGAACCCUAGUGUGAUGCUAGAACUCAGCUAGCCCAUGGUUUCCAUAUCUUUGAAAUGCAGGUUACGAUGCCUUCCUCCUGCAUGCUUUCAAUUGGCAUUGAGAGGUUUAAUCCAUUAUUGUGUGUAAAGGGCUUUAAGGCCCUGGGUUGGGUAGAAAGUGCUAUUUAAGAGCUUAGUGGUGCUAUUAUUAAAGCAGUUUAUGGAGCUUACAGUCAUUGACUACAAGGCUGAAAACAAGGCUAUACUCAGUGGCAAAUUUCAGCUUGUCCAAGAAAGACUGGUCCUCCUGCUGUGCUGUUAUCUGCCUGGCAUUGACUUGUUUUGAAUAUAUGUACCUUACAAGAACUGUUGGAAAUGAAACUAACUCUUUAAACACAGGGAACUUCAAGUUUCUUCAGGAAGCUUCCCCUUUUCUUAAAUAUAGCUGAGAUCACACAAUAUCCUGACGAAUCUUUUUCCAAGAUGAACUGGGUAAUGGCACAUGGAGGUAAGUGCAAGUAGACAUAUUGGGUGAAUUACAGAAUUGCUGUAAGACUCCAAACUCCAAGCAAAAGAUCCUGUGUUGCGGGUUAGUUCUCUAAAAUCAGAUAUUCAGACAACAUGACAUUUAUGGUAAAAUCAUUGUUGAUUUUUUAAAGGAGUUUGAUUAUGGUAUAUUUUCUAGGUGGAUGCUUGCAGUUGCAGACAUUACAUGUCUGUACACAACAACUGGGCUUAACAUAGUGCAGUUGGAAUUUAAAUGUUCUCAGUUUGCAUCCCCCCCCCCAGCUGCCAGGACAGAACUAUAUGGGAAGGCAACAAAUCCGAGCAUUUAGACAUUAAUAUAUCCCAAUCCAUGGAGGGAGAAGAAGCAGGAGAUGCAUUUUUUAAAGCAACAUGGGUGAGGAGAGUAGACCCCUCCCAGCAAUGUUUCAUGCACAGCUUUAGUACAGGAAGUGUUUUUGGCAGGGAGAAAAGAGAGAGUGCCUGUGGAGAGGUAAAGAGUCUGUGGGUUACAUAGUUUUACCCUUUUCACUCCUAUCCUUUAUUGCACCUGCAUGUGUACUCACUGUGAAACCAGCUGGCCUGACUACUGGAGAAUUUGGUUUGUCACAUACUUUGGGAAUCAUACAGCCCUGCAAAUGUCCAGUCUGUCUAGGGAAGGCAGCUGAUGAAGAGAUCCCUUUAAUAGUGGUCAUGCAAGCUACUCCUGCUGAAAUGGCAGCAUAUUAGUUAAAGGUGCAGGAGUCCUGAGUCUCUUUUUCACCUGGCCAACCUAAGUGUUUACAACACAUAGCAUUCUUUUUGAGCCAAAGAGCCUUAGGUCCAUAUAUUUUGUUUAGCUAGGCUUCAUUUCCCCCCCAGUUGCUUUCUUCAAAGGGACUUCCAGAGGUGUGAUUUCCUUAGUAAUCUCAGUGCUUUUUACAUGUAACCAUUAUGUUUAUUGAGACAUAUGCUAGGCAUCUAAGGCAUAUCUGCACAAGAGACUAAAGCUAGGGUCAGUCAUUCCCUCAUCCUAGGAAACUUAGCAUUUUACUCGACUAACAAUUUCCAGUAGACUUUGGGAGAGACUCUGAUGGCUAAAGAGAUAUAAAACUGGUGUUUGAUGGUUUUAUAUGCCUGUACAAGUCAGGUCAACUGUGCUGCUUGCUUUUAGUUCAUUUCUACCAUUCUAGAAAUAGCUUUCAAACUGCUUUCAUGACAGGUACUAUUUCUUUAAGAUAUUGCCUAUUUUACUACCAGGUUUUCAGCUACUAUGCUGAGGAACCUAUGGACCAAUUCUCUGCACAUUUACUUGGAAUAGGUUCUCUAGGGGUUACUUCAAAAUAAGUGUGAGUGGAAUUGCCACUUAGAAAACACGUACCUGAUGGGGGAUAAAUUCAAUUUGUUUCCACUUAAAGGCAAGGCUACCUAAUUUAUACCCUAAAACACAGCCAUCUUUUGAAAUUCACACUUCUCUGAAUUUUGCAAUGCACAGAAAUGCUUAUAAUCGCCGUAAAGUGUGCAUAUAUUAGUGGAAAUAAUAUACAAAAUUGCAUUAAAUUAGAGGAAAUUGUUUUGCAAAAAUGUGAUAUCAGGGCAAAUUGCAUAGAAAAAUGUGUAUUAGGGGAAACACACUAAAAUGCUGUUAAAUUUUCAUGAGGAUUUUUUUUAAUGCAAAGAACUGAAAUGGAAAAUGAGAUAACCUGAAAUUGAGAUUCUCCCAGUCUCACUUUAUGGUUAAUAACACUGAACUCUGUGUCCUUACUUUUGAGAAAUCAUGCAACUUGCUUAGUCCAGAAGCACCCUAAGCCUCAGUUUCUGGUCUGUAAAAAUGAGAAUGACAAUAAUCUACCAUAAUGGUAGCAAGAUAGCUGCUGUAACCAACAAGUAGAAAUUAAUGCACUGAAGGAAUGUUGCCUAUUUUCCAUCCCAUCUCAAAUGACAUCUAACUUUGUGGUGAGACAAAGGGAACCAAUGCAAAGUUUCCCAUUUUCCUGCCUGAAACUCAGGUGUUUGAUUGGGAAAGAAUGCAUGAAGGGAGGCAGUCUAGAACUGGUAAAUAGUAUUGGGAGGAGGACCGAAGCUACACAGAACCACCACCAGCAGUGUGUAUUCAAUGGGCCUUUCCUUAGUUAAGAAUAAAUCCUAUGUACAGUAUUAUAAGAUAGGACAUCCGGCAAUAUCACUAAGACUUAAAUUGCCCUGUAACAUCUUGAGAGUGUUUCCUCCUUCUGUCAUGGUGUAGAAUCAUAACAUAUGUUUCUGAUGCAGCUGGAGUAUUUGCCACCACAAAUGCCUACAACUCCCUCCUCGCUUCCCUCUGGAUCAUAGCUGCCAAGUUUUCCCUUUUCUCGCGAGGAAGCCUAUUCAGCAUAAUGGAAAAUCCCUUAAAAAAAGGGAUAACUUGGCAGCUAUGCUCUGGAUUCUCAUGUUCUGUUUACCAUAUGAAUCUCCCACUUGUUUCAAUUUCCAUUCUACUUUUAUAAAAUAGCUCUUGAGUAUAGAACAUUGUCUUAAAAAUGUGCAGUGUGCUUCCCAUUUUAUCUGCUUUUUUUCAAAUUAUUUUAAAGCUAACAGCUGUACUUUUUUCCUCUUUGGUCAAUACUUGAUUUGCUACUUCCUAAUCUGCUGUUUCAGAUUAGGCAUGCAAGGAUGUCAUGGUUUAAAAUUCAUUUACAGUACUAUUCAGCUGGGUAGUAUUCAGCUAAAGGCUCAUCCCCACUUACUUUUUGCCCUGUGCUUCCCAGGCACAGGCCCACACUUUCCCAGUCCUUGUCCAAGAGCUUUUUCUUUUUCUUUUUGCCCUGCCACUUUCCCCAGGAAACCCAAUCUGCACCUUUGAAUUGGAGCAAACAGCCAUUCAGGUUUUCUGUGACUUGCUGUUAUCUUUCAUGGGGGAAGUGGCGGGGAAAAGAAAAGUGUUUGGACACAGACAUGGAAAGCUUAGUAACAUGGAGCAAAGUUACCAUAAGUGUGGAUGAGCCCUAAGUGUUAUUUGGAAUAGACCCAUUGAAAUGAAUGAACAUGACUAAGUAGGCCCAUUAAUUUCAGUGGAUCUAAUUUGCCCUAUAUGUAGAACUCAGUGGUUUAAUCAACAUUAAUACAUACAGUACAUGUAAUUUGCACUUAAAAAUCCAGCAGUAUCUUAACCACUUCAGGCUUGGCAGAGAGAUAUUAAUAGUGGAGUUCUUAUGCAUGUCAUUGUCUACUCAGAAGUAAGUCCUUGAGUUCAAUAAAGCUUACUCCCAGGGAAUACAAUUACAACAUAAGAUUGUGCAAGAAACUACAUUCUUUAGGAAGCCAUGGGCAGUGUAGCCAUACCUGCCAUGGUUUCCAAUUAGAAAAACAGAGAAUGAGUUCUGUUGCUCUUCAGCCCCAUUGGGUAUAACCAGCUUUGUUUACCUACAUUUAUUUGCAUUUUUUAAAAAGUCUGUGCAUGUGCAGCAUUGUUAAAAAAUAGUAUCUAAAAUUGAAAAUUGGAGAUGAAAAGAGUUGUGGCGCCUGAUAGACUUGGCACAAGGCUACUUAAAAUCAGCUGUGUCUCUGCCAAAGCACGGAAUUGACAGGUAUGUAUAGCUGCAUUCCUAGACUACAAUUCUGCUCUCUGAAGAGUGAUGGGGUCUGUGCACGAGACCACUAGAUUCUUAGAAAGAUUAUAAUACAGUACAUACAUCUGUAUGUAUAAUAGUCGAUUCCUAACAAGGUCCCUGAAAUUGCACCAAAGACUACUUACUUGCUGCAUUCUGAGUUUUUACGAACAUGCUUUCAAGGCCCUUCCUACAACUUUUAUUAUUACUUGUCAGGUAUAUACUUCCUUUAUUUUUUUGGAAAAAAUAAAUAUAUAUUUCCACAAGCCUGUCACCCUAACACUGGCAGGAUGUGUUAUGGCGUUGCACAUUCCUUACAGAGAUGUUACUUGAAAGCAAGUUGUAAAUUCUUCUGCUAUAACUCCAUAAAAACCUCUGAAGUGGUUAAUAGUGUUGCAACUUGAUUCUUCCUAUCCCUUUAAAUCCAUGUAUGAAUCUGGCAUGUUGAAGAACUGAGGAAAAAUAAUUGAGAUUGUUGUGUCCCUUGAUUCAGCAGCAGAUUUAUAGAUAAAAGACAAAUCUCCAGGUUUUACCUUGGCAUCUCUAGUAGUAAAUGUUCUUAAUGACAUUUUAUAUUGCAGUCCAGAGGGAGGAACAGAAGGUGGCUUUCUUGAGGUUGCACUGUAAUAAACCACACAAGUUUUGCGAGGGGAGCCUUUCCUUGUUACUAAUCCUAGUAGAGCUGUACAAAAUAGAGCUUAGACGGACAAUGCACCAGGUGGCAGUCAUUUGACCUUACCUAAAGUAGUGCAACACUUAAUUGUUCGGCUGAUUAGCAUAAAGAAGUGUGCUAAGAAGGGAUUGCGGCAGAGAGAAGAUGGGCAUUUGGUAUGCCUCAAAAAGAGAGUCUGGAAUCGUUUACAAUGUGUAGUAUUGGGGUACUUUUUAUGAGGUAAAUGUUUAAAAGUGCACCUUUUAAGAAUGAUAUAUUUACUGGCAAUCCUAAUUGGGGAACGGAUGCUGCUUUAAGAGUCAGAGGGUGGAGUGUCAGAUUAGUAGAUGUGAGGCAGGAUGAAGUGCCCACCUCAGAUGGCGGAAGUGUUGCCGUUCGUCUUCCCCACCCAUGGACAGAGAAGCCUAGUGGGCAGCAAUGCUCUGAGGAGCACCCUGACUCCCAUCAAGUUCAGCAAGAGCUGGGCUGUGACAGUGUCAGAAGUGGGGGGGAUGCAGUGGGAGAGCGGAAGGCGGCAUUUCCCGUUUUGCCUUUGGUAGCUGAAUGGGAUGGGCCACCCCUCCAGAUAUCUUCUAAUCUCAGAGCACUUGAUUCCUUUGUGCUCUGCAGCUGAGCAGAUUACGCUGGCUCUCUCAAUAAGCCAAGGCAAGCUAAGGCUCCUCCUGUACCCUUACAGUUGUGUGGAAGUGGGAAAUUUCUGAAAGCUGCAUGCAGCUUGUCAUACAGAGGUGAGUAAAGCUAAAUCAGUUGAAAUGCUUUUGUCUUUCCCAUUGUUAAAGGUACCGUUAUUCUUGUCACUUUACACCCUUGUGGGUAACCAGGAUAAUAAAAUUUCUAGCAACAUUUUUGCUGAGUUUUCUAAUACAUGUUUGGGCCAAGCAGGGACUUAACUGAAUUUUGUUAUCAACAUUUUAAAAUGUGAAAUACAGUAGUUACAUAUAUACAAGCAACAACCAGUGUGCUCUUCUUUUCCAUUAUUAAGGAAGAAUUCAAAACAGCAAAAAUCCACAUUGCAGUGCUGUGGAAUGAAGCCUAUUAUUAUUAUUAUUAUUAUUAUUAUUAUUAUUAAAGCUGUGAACACUGGAUGCAUCUAAGUUCCCUCUUUCACUUCUUUUUCUGACUGGGGCAAAGGAAACCUAAUGUAAUCAAACAGCUAUGUAGGAAGCCGACAGUACAUAUUUACCUCCUGCCACAAAUUUAUGGUGAGAGCAGCUAGUUAUGACUUAAUCUUUUCGUUUCCUGCCUUUAUUUCUGCAAGUAGAGAGUCAGAAAGUGAGGGGAGGGUGUGAAGGCAGUGGGGCUGGGCUGCAGAAUUUGUAAGGAUCUGUGUUCUUUUUAGAAAGGAUUAUGUUGUACAUCUGUAUUUUUUAAUCUUUUUGUGUGGAUGUUAUGCCAUAUUCAGCAUUGUAAUUAUAGCUAAUGUAGCUUUUGCUUGAAGACAGGGUUAUCUAAAGAGCUGCUGUGAGGAAAUAAUCUGCUAUUUAAAGAAUGCCUAGUUCAGGGGUUGCCAGUCUGUUUGGAACAGUGGGCAUACUGUAUUAUGAAUUUUGUGAAGGUGGGAGCGGUUGUCACAAAAUAGCUGCUUUGGGGUGGGAGUUGUGUCCACAACAAACAACACCCGCAACAACCGUAUGCUUGUGAUGGUCUCUCAUCCUGGAGACCAUUAACCAAUCAUGACAGGCAGGAGAAACGGCCAACAAGGGAAGAAUGAGGAUGGUAAAUAGAAAAUUUGAAGUUUUGCUGGCAGAUAGGGCCUGGCUACGGAAGUAGCUAGGUAUGCUUAGAGAUUUGGUAGGCAGGAUAAACCUGUUUAAUCCUGAGGAAAAGGUCCCCAAAAGGGGAUAGAGGUGCUUUUACAGGAAGAGUAAAAGUGGAAAGCCCCAUUCUAGGAGGAUAUAAUUUUGAUAGUGUUGUGUAUUGAGUCAAAGGAUUUUAUAUCUGUAUUAUUAUUGUCUGUAUUUGCAUUAGGAUAAAGUAACUGCCUUUUGGUUCCAGAGGGUACAGCUACUAUUGGUUCAUUUAAGCUGCUGUAUUUGGAUCCUCUGUCUUAUUGGUUUCCUCCAAAAGGCAGCACUGUGAUUGCUUGUUAUUGUUCCCUCCAAAAUGUAUCCCUUCCUAGCUAGUCCCCUGUCCCUAUAAAUGUAGCUUUCCUCUCCUCAGUCUUCAGUCUUGUUCACUUUAAUAAAGAGCUGUUACUAGAGAACUGUCUCCAGCAUGUUUUGUCAAGAGAGCUGAAAUCACAAACCCCACGUUACAACAACUGGCGACGAAGGUGGGAUCCGGAAUGCUGAGGAGCGGUUAAACACAACCCUGCCUCAGAGUCCGGAUUGCAGCUGAGAACAAGACUCACUGGCCAGCUGAGAAGACGACCCUGCCCGCUAGGACAAUGGAGAGUCCAAGGGUAUUGGAGCCCUUCCAGCCAUCAGAGCCCCACACCUGGGAAGACUACGUCGAACGCUUCGAGUUCUUUGCAGUGGCUCAAGGGAUCACCGAUGCCAGCAAAAGAAGGGCCACAUUCCUGAGCUACUGUGGGCCGAGACCUUCAAGCUGGCCAAGGCAUUACUUGCUCCAGCGAAGCUGAGUGAGACAUCUCUCAAAGAUAUUCUUGCCUGCCUAACAAGCCACUUGGCGCCUACUGAGACCAAGAUGGCCCGGCGGAUGGAGUUCCAUAAGAGGCAGCAGCAUGCUGGGGAGUCUGUAUCCACAUUUCUGGCUGAACUCCGGAAGCUCGCUCAGCACUGCGGCUUCCAAAAUCUGGAAGAAACUCUCCUGGAUCGGUUUAUUGGUGGUCUGAGCAGCAAGAAAGCCAGAAGACGCAUCGUGGCUAAAGAAGAGGUUACCCUUGCUUCAGCCUUGAAAGAGGCCACCGCCACGGAGAAUUAUGAAAGAGAGGAGCUUGAUGCCAGUCGCAAGGCCACUAAGCCACAGAUAGAAGUUGCGCAUGCCAUGGACGAGCUAGAGGCUACUCCGAGCCAGAGCCCAGUCCGUGGGGUCGAGUCGGUGCGUCAGGCCUGCACAGUGCACAGAGAUCGCCGAGGCAGUUGCCCAGGUUGUGGCGGAAACCAUGAAAGGAAGAGUUGUCGUUUCAGGGAUGCUAUCUGCCGGACGUGCGGAAAGACGGGUCACAUCGCCAGGGUCUGUAGAUCGGCGGCGUCGGGAGCGACAGGAGCACCUAGACUGGAGCAUCGCAGACCGCCCACAGCAACUCGUUUUCUAAAGGACUGCCACUACGUAACGGAGAUCAACGGGAGGGCCGUGCAGUUUCCAGCGCAAGGCAAGGCACACGUCAAGGUGAAGAUUGAGGGUCAGCAGUGCGACAUGGAGGUGGACUCCGGAUCCGCAUUCACCAUCGUGUCGGACCAGACCGCGAAGACAUUCUUUCCCAGGGGUAAGUUGCCCCCUCUGGAGCCCUUUCCGGCAACCUUGCAGUCGUACUCAGCAGGCCGCAUCCAUGUUAUGGGAAUGUGUGCCGUGAGAGUACAGUUCCGGGACAAACAGGCUGUACUCAAACUGGUGAUUGCGAAGGGCAGUCGCCCCAGUCUCCUGGGCACUGACUGGUUCCCUGCCCUGGGACUGAGUAUCUCAGGGCUUAAUUCAAUCCAAACCUGCCCUGAGAUGAGUGAGGUAUUAUGCAAGGAAUUUGCUGGUCUCUUUAAUGGAAAACUGGGUUGUUAUAAAGGGCCCCCAGUUGACUUCGAGUUGGACCCCGGGGUGGCUCCAAUCCGACUCAAACCAAGGCGAGUGCCAUUUGCACUGCAACCCAAGAUCGAGGCAGAGCUGGAUAAAUUGGUCAAGCAGGGAGUUCUCUCACCCGUGGACUCUGCUAAGUGGGAGACUCCAAUCGUCACGCCCCUUAAAGCAAAUGGGGAAGUCAGGAUAUGUGCAGAUUACAAAUGUACUAUCAAUAAGGCACUCAGGGGAAACUCAUACCCCAUUCCAGUCGUAUCACAUCUGUUGGCUAAACUGGCUGGGGGCAAGGUGUUCGCCAAAAUUGACCUGGCACAAGCUUACCAACAGCUGCCAGUAACCCCACAAUCAGCGGAAGCACAGACUAUUGUCACACAUAAAGGGGCGUUCAGAGUUAACAGAUUACAGUUCGGAGUUUGUGUGGCCCCAGGGAUUUUUCAAGGGCUCAUGGAACGCCUGUUAAGAGGUCUGCCGGGGGUCUUGCCAUUUUUUGAUGAUGUUUUGAUUGCUGGAAAAGACCCACAGGAACUGGUUGCGCGUGUCCGUGCAGUGUUGCUCAAGUUCAAGGAGGUGGGGUUGCAACUGAAAAAAGAAAAAUGCAGUUUUGGGGUGCCAACUGUGGAUUUCUUGGGGUUUAAAAUUGAUGCAUCAGGCAUCCACCCCACAGAUGCUAAGAUUAAGGCCAUCAUCGAGGCACCACGACCACAGAACAAGACGGAGUUGCAGUCAUUCCUGGGACUUAUUAACUUUUAUCAUUCGUUCUUACCCCAGAAAGCUUCGGUAGCUGAACCAUUACAUAGACUAUUGCAGAAAAAGAAUGUGUGGCGAUGGGGGCGGGAGCAGCAGAAGGCUUUUGACUCCUUGCGAGGAAUGCUGAGUAGCAGGAGCGUCCUUGCUCAUUAUGAUGAGUCAAAGCCGCUGGUCCUGGCAUGUGAUGCCUCUCAAUACGGUCUUGGGGCUGUGCUGAGUCAUAGGGAACCGGAUGGGUCGGAAAAGCCCAUCUCUUUCUAUUCCCGUACGUUGUCGCCCACAGAGCGCAACUAUGCUCAAAUUGAUAAAGAGGCACUGGCUAUUGUGUCCGGAAUCAAAAGGUUCUAUGAUUAUUUGUACGGUCGCCAUUUCUCCAUUGAAACGGACCACAAACCACUGUUAGGGUUGUUCAACCCAAACAAACAAACGCCACAAAUUCUCUCCCCCAGAAUGUUGCGUUGGUCAAUAUUCCUGAAUGGGUUCCAGUACACCUUGACCCAUGUGCCGGGGAAACAGUUGUGCCAUGCUGAUGCGCUGAGUCGAUUGCCCCUUCCUGGCGGGAGCAAUGAGGAUCCUGCUCCGGCGGAGCACAUUAUGAUGCUAGAAACACUUCCGGGGGCUCCUGUAACAGCUACGGAUAUAGCUGAGAAAACUAGGAAAGAUGCUGUUCUCUCCCGUGUGCUCACUUGGGUGGGGAGGGGGUGGCCAGGUGGUCCGCAUGAAGAAAAAUUCAGGCCUUAUGCGACAAGGCAGCACGAAUUGUCCAUGCAUAAGGGUUGUCUCCUAUGGGGAGAUAGGGUGAUAAUCCCAGCACCACUGAGAAACAGGGUUCUUGAGACGCUUCACAUGGGACACCCGGGAAUGGUCAGGAUGAAGUCGCUAGCCCGAUGUUAUGUGUGGUGGCCUGGAAUGGACCAGAACAUAGAACAAUGGGUACGAACAUGCAAGGCAUGCCAAGAGGUGCGGCCAGAAGUGGCCAGAGCACCAGUCCACUGGUGGGAGCAGUCCAGGACUCCCUGGAGCCGGCUGCACAUAGAUUUUGCUGGGCCAUUCCAAGGGAAGGUCUUUUUGGUUAUCGUUGAUGCAUAUUCCAAAUGGUUAGAAGUGGCGAUGGUCCCUAGCAUGGCAUCAGCUGCCGUAAUCAAGGUGUUGAGGCAGCUGUUUGCUACCCACGGGUUACCUGAGACCAUUGUAUCAGAUAAUGGGGCAGCUUUUGUAUCCCAAGAAUUCAGGGCAUUCUUGGCUGAUAACUUUAUAAGAGGGGUCACAUCCGCGCCCUUUCACCCAUCCUCCAAUGGGCAGGCUGAGCGCAUGGUAAGAACAGCCAAAGAAUCCAUUGCGCGCUUAAUGGAGGGUAACUGGUCGGCUCGCAUUGCGCGAAUGUUAUUUUUGCAGCAUGCGACGCCGUGUACUGCGACGGGCAAGUCGCCAGCCGAGCUGCUCUUAGGUAGAAGACUGGUAACGGUGCUGGAUUAUGUCCACCCAGAUAAAAUGCCAAACCGUAAUUCAAGAGCAACCCCCCAGGCUGAGACUGACACAACAAGGUAUCUCGCCCCUGAAGAUCUGGUCUGGGUGAGGAACUAUUCACGAGGUCCGCGGUGGGUGGCCGGUGUGAUCACCCGGGCUAGUGGACCUGUGUCCUAUUAUGUGACCUUGGAAAAUGGGCAAGUUUGGAAGAGACAUAUAGAUCAGCUGAGGCGCCGGGCGCUCAGCAGGGAGGAGUCAGAUAAUUCAUCCCUGGCUAAUGACGCACAGCUGCAAGACCAGAGUGAAAAUGGUCCAGAGGUACAGUCACCCGGGGCUUCAGCAAAUGAACCAGGGUCUGCUAGUCCUCAUGAUGACGAGGUACAGGUCGGGGACCCUGAGAUGUCUGGGACUCCAUCUGUUCCUGAUGAAACCCCUAUAGCAGCCCCUCCACCACAGGUAACACCCAAUCCAGAACCUGCAACACCUGUUGUCAGGAGAUCAGGUAGAAGUUGUAGGACCCCACAGUACCUGAGGGAUUACGUCUGCUGUGCUCACUAGGGGGGGAGGGGUGUUGUGUAUUGAGUCAAAGGAUUUUAUAUCUGUAUUAUUAUUGUCUGUAUUUGCAUUAGGAUAAAGUAACUGCCUUUUGGUUCCAGAGGGUACAGCUACUAUUGGUUCAUUUAAGCUGCUGUAUUUGGAUCCUCUGUCUUAUUGGUUUCCUCCAAAAGGCAGCACUGUGAUUGCUUGGUAUUGUUCCCUCCAAAAUGUAUCCCUUCCUAGCUAGUCCCCUGUCCCUAUAAAUGUAGCUUUCCUCUCCUCAGUCUUCAGUCUUGUUCACUUUAAUAAAGAGCUGUUACUAGAGAACUGUCUCCAGCAUGUUUUGUCAAGAGAGCUGAAAUCACAAACCCCACGUCACAACAGAUAGAAACACUUCUGUUGUGGAUAAUUAAAAGUAAAGUUCAACCUGAAACAGAAUUUUUGACAGAAAAUAAGUACUGUGCCUUUAAUUGUGACACUUCCAUGCUUUUUAACCCUCUUUGAGUACAGUUUUCAUUUCCAUCAUGCCCCAGCUUUAAUUUACACCUAGGUGAGGGAAUAAGUCGUCACAGGGAGCUUCACUAUCAAGAGUCCUUGUGGAUUUAUAUUUUACCUUAACACAUGUAGAGAAUUCCUGAAUUCUUUGUUGUUUUAGGCAGAGAAUGACCAAGAUUAAAUCAACUCAGUCAUGUUGCCCUGUUCCCAUCUUCACUGAGUGUGUCACAAUGCUUACUAUGGGAGGUCAAAUAUAACAGAAACAAUUACAGUCAUACCUCGGUUUAAGUACGCCUCGGUUUGAGUAGUUUCAGUUUAAGUACUCUGCGGACCUGUCUGGAACGGAUUAAUCCACUUUCCAUAACUUUCAAUGGGAAAGUUCGCUUCAGGUUAAGUACGCUUCAGGUUGAGUACUCCACGGACCCGUCUGGAACAGAUUAAUCCACUUUCCAUUACUUUCAAUGGGAAAGUUUGCUUCAGGUUAAGUAUGCUUCAGGUUAAGUACAGACUUCCGGAACCAAGUGUGUUUGUAAACCGAGGUACCACGGUAUACCGUGAAAUUCCCUGAAACGAGAAGUAAUCGGAUAAGAUAAAAAUAUAUAAGGAACUAAGGAUUAUCAUAAAACUAAUAGAAAUAACUGAUAUAGAAUUAAUUUAUGAAAACAAUCAAAGCCUUGACGGGAUGCCGACUACAACCUCGUUUCACUGCGAUUAACAGUUUCCUCAGAAGGAAAUUGAAAAAAACUAUACUUUAAAUAACCAUCAUUCAAAGAUAAAGGGUGCGGAAACUCCGACUUAGCAUACUCAAAGCCUGAAAUGCAGGCAAAAAAGGGUUCAAAUUAAACUAUAUAGCCUUCUGAAAAACUCAAAGACUGGGCUGUAUAAACACCAUUCACUGAUAAAGGGUACGACAACUCUCUCUUUUUGCACUCUCAAGGCCUGAAACGCAGGCAAACAAGGGAUUCUAAUUAAGCUAUACAGUAUAGCAGGGGUCAGCAAACUUUUUCAGCAGGGGGCCGGUCCACUGUCCCUCAGACCUUGUGGUGGGCCGGACUAUAUUUUUUUUUUUGGGGGGGGGAAAUGAACGAAUUCCUUUGCCCCACAAAUAACCCAGAGAUGCAUUUUAAAUAAAAGGACACAUUCUACUCAUGUAAAAACAUGGGCCGGAUUCAGAAGGCGAUUGGGCCGCAUCCGGCCCCCGGGCUUUAGUUUGGGGACCCCUGCUAUAUAGCUUUCUGAAAAACUCAAAGUCUGGGCUGUGAGAGCUCUGUGAGCUAAUGUUUGGCAAAGAAUGCAUUGUUUUCAUUGAGUUUUUAAAGUUUCCCAUGAGAAUUGCCUGCUUUAGAACUGGAGGCAUUACUUCAGUAGCACGUUUGAAUCCUGUAUUUGGGAUUACUGACACCUUUUCCCUUACCAAAAGAAGCCAUAGCAGAGGAGAUGUAACUCUUCCGCCCCAUACCAUUUUCUUCCUGAAAAUCAACACCCCCAGCUGCUGUUUAUAUCAUUAUUAAAAUAACAUCUAAUUUGGCCAGUGAGGAGUAAUUGUUCCUGAUUUAAGACUACAAAAUAGGAAUAGUAGGAAUAAUAGCAUAGUAUAGAACUGUGGGGUCUCUUCAAUUAAUAAAGAAAACAGAGUAGCAUUCCUUAGAAAGAAAAGAGGAAUUGGAAUACGAGACAUGAGGCCUUUGGCAGUUCUCCACCUCACUUUACAUCCGCCGUGAUGGAUAUGCUGUCAUGAAAGUGACUGCAUUGCAUAUUUGGGGAUGGCUAAACCUUGGAAUAUGAUUUCUUAAGAAAAACAGACUUGGCAGAGUGGAAGACUGGAAUAUAAGCCUUCUCAUGUGAAGUUCCACUCACCCUCUUACUUUAAAAUUAUGGACAUGAGUAUUCAUUACAGAAAGCUCCAGAGUUUCUAUCCACUAAAAGACACCUAAAUGCUGUAUUACUGAUAUUUCAUCCAUUGAAGGUCCUAGGGUGCUAUGCUUAUAUCACUGUGCAGGUAGGCUUAUGGAUGAAAAUAUUUAUCUUUCUCAGGUGUGGGUAAGGCACUGAAUUUUUCAGUUAGCAGCUGGUGGGGGGAGGGUAGCAAUUUUUUACCUAGAUUUCAGAGCACUCAUGGAGAACUUGAAAAUGGAAUCCAGGUGCCUUUAUGCAUUCCUUCCUGUAAGCCAGAUUUUAUCCCAUUCCGGCAUUCCAGCCUUUAGCUUGCUUGUCCUCACCCUAGUGUCACCUCUGUAAUAACUUAGCAUUAACAACCUAUGAUUGUGGAGCCCCUGGCAUUCCUCACGACAAGGCAUGCAUUAGCUUGGAGAAAAGCAUUGGAGCUAUAGUUGUGUGUGUAUGUGCACACUCCGAUAGGGGGAAACAGAGGCUCUGAUUGCUCAACUGCAAGGUUCUCUAGGUUUUGUGAAGGCACAGGACAGAAUAGACUAGGCAAUGUUUAGUAAUUGUACUGUGACCUUUGAAAACAAUUAUAUGUGUGAAAAAAUCAAAGUGGAUUGUCUACUUUUCUUGGGACAGUCUCAUGAAUGGGAUCCAACUGUGAUCUCAGACUUUUAUUUUACUGGAAAAACAAGAAGGGAAAUUAAGGUCCACAUUUUUCCUCCCUCUGAACUAGUGCUUUUGUCCUUUCCCUAAUAAAUUGAUAAUUGCCUAGAACUGCACAAAGUUGUUGAUGAUGAUUUUUUGUAUUCGUGGCUAUUGCCUUGUAAAAGUCAGCUGAUGAGGACAGAUGUGUCGCUUGCUGUUUCACAUACAUUUCUGAAAAUAUUGGACAUGUAGCAUGCCAGAGACCCCCACCUUUUCUUUUAAUCGUUACAUAAGUCUUGUCCAUUAAAAAUUCAUCACUUAUCCUUUUUAAUGACGUUGUAGAGUACUGAGGUAGAAAAGAAUUUUCAGCUCUUGUGGGAAACCUUCAAAGGGCCACAUGUUAGUUGUGGCAAAAUUGGGUGAAGCAAUGAACAUAAAUGUUAAAUUUGUACAGUAAGCUAAUCUGUAUACUCACACAUCUCCUUCUAACUUCUGAGCAAGCAAGCAGGCAAGCAGGCAGGCAAGCAAGCAAGCUGAGUUAUCAAAGUUCAAGGACACAUUUGAGUUAGGCAAAAGCACACUGGAACAAGGCAGGGCUUGUGGGGCAUAGCUGCCAAGUUUUCCCUUUUCUCGCGAGGAAGCCUAUUCAGCAUAAGGGAAAAUCCCUUUAAAAAAGGGAUAACUUGGCAGCUAUGUGUGGGGGUGGUGACCUGAGAAGAGCUCUGAGGGCUAGACAGAGAGGCCUCAGGGGGCUAGAUUUGGCCCCCAUCCUUGAUGUUGAAGUUCAGUACUGGAUAAGGCCACAUUCACACACCAUACAUUUAAAACACUGAUAUCAUUUUUAAAAAGUUAUGGUUUCCACCAAAUAAUUCUGGGAACUGAAGUUUGUUAAUGGUGCUGAGGCCCCUAUUCCCCUGACAGAGCUACAGUUCCCAGAUUCCUUGUGAAGAGGGAGUGAUUGUUAAUCCAUUCUGAGAACCAUGAAAGAAGUUGCUAGAGGCACUCGGGGCAGUGGCCAUUACAUACCUGACUAUAAAAAGAAAGUUCCAUUGGUGUGUCUGCUUUGCUGGCAUGUAGAUAUCCAGCUGCUUAGUUACCCAGGUGGCCAAAAAGCUUAAUUUGUAUUGCAUGUUUUAAACAUUUUAACCUCUGUUUUCCUUUUUUAAAAGAGAUUCCUCCUGCUCUUAUUGUGGAGAAAAUCAUCAUCAAAAAAUAUUUUAGUAGCCGUUCUUCUAGUAGGCCUAGAUUCCCCUGCUUGCAAAAGGCAAGAGAGCCUUGAAGUCAGUGCAGGGUUUAAGAAUUGCAUUACUAAAAUAUGGAAAUAGCUGCUGCAAGACACUUGAGGGACCAACAAGUAGAUAGAUGCAGGGACUGAAUGAGACUGAGAGCAACAAGAAUAAUAAGCAAGUCAGAGCAAUGUUCAGUAGGGUCUAGAAUUCAUAUUGGUGACGAGUAGUGCCACAGCAAGGUAAAAGCUCUAUUUGAUUGUGUGGAGAUUUAUAAGGGGAUUCAGUGGCUGGUAUGGAAUCACUAUGACUUUGACCUAGCAGAUACUAAAAAAUCACAGAGAAAAAAUAACCUGCAGCUUUCCAAAUGCAGCUGCAUAGUUGUUUCUUUCCUGAUGGUUGCCAUCACAUUUUGUAAAAUCAGUUUAUACAGAGUGAAAAGAAAAGGUGCAACUACUGUAGGCAUAACUCUACGCUUUUGGUUCAUUUCCCUUCCACAUUGUGAGGCUUGCUGUUGCAAAAUUGUUUAUAGUACAGUUAAUUCUUGUCUGUCCUGUCCUGGAAAAGCCAUAUAAAUGGAGACAGUCCAUUUAAAAAACCACACUUUUUGUCUAGACGAUUGUAUUUAUUUAUUACUGAUGCAAGUAGUUUUCAGGUUGCUGGAUUCCCCACCCCCCACCCCUUUCCCAUUAAGCUCUUGUGGUUAUUAUUUCAUAGUUGCUUUAGCUUGGUUAUUCCUCCAGUUUUUCACACACAAGGAGGGAUCAAUUAUUUUAUGUGUGUGGUUUCUUUUUUAAAAAACUCUCAUUGUUCUUGCAGCCAAGGGGUUUCCCGAGCAAUGGUGUCCUUUUCCUAUAGGUUUAAUGUCAUAUUAUUGGGCAUAAUUCUGCAAAAGUUGAGCAUUUUUAAUUUGCACUGAUUUGGAUGAAAGAGAUUUAACACUUCAGUGUUCUGAGAAACAAUUGACUGUUUUCAGCUUUUCUCCUACUUGCUUCUCCCUCUGAAAUAAAUAAGACUUGGGUAUUUAAUUUAAUUUUCUUUGUGGUUUGACAGUGUCCCUAUAGAAGUAAUAACUGGCAUUUGUACUUCCUUGUUUUUCAU